GCGGAAAACUGUCAAUGCUCAAUAAUUGUCAUCAUAGGCUGGUGAUGUUUGGGAAGAUAAUUUAUUUGCAAACAAACUAAUUUUAUUGGAAUGAACUAGUUCUUGCUGAUUGUCCACAUGUAAUGUUUAUCUAAAAAUCUGGAAUAGAAGGUAUUUUGUAUGCAUUGAGUCUAUAAAAAUGUCGGAAUCAUAUGAAUAUUUGUUCAAAUUCCUAGUGAUCGGAAGCGCUGGGACUGGCAAAUCGAGCCUCCUAAAUAAUUUUAUUGGAAAUAAAUUCAAAGAAGAUAGAUGCCACACCAUAGGAGUGGAGUUUGGUUCUAAAAUUGUUAAUAUUGGUGGUAAAUCAACCAAACUUCAAAUAUGGGAUACAGCAGGUCAAGAAAGGUUUCGGUCAGUAACGCGAUCCUACUACAGGGGAGCUGCAGGAGCACUUCUCGUGUAUGAUAUUACAUCACGAGACUCCUUCAAUGCUCUUUCUAACUGGCUACGAGAUGCACGCACCCUGGCUAGUCCCAAUAUUGUGAUAUUAUUGGUUGGAAACAAAAAGGAUUUGGAAGAAUCUAGAGAAGUCACAUUUACUGAGGCUAGCCAAUUUGCGCAAGAUAAUGAGUUGAUGUUCCUUGAAACCAGUGCUAAAACGGGAGAGAAUGUAGAAGAAGCAUUUCUGAAGUGCUCUAAGACAAUCCUUGCUAAAAUAGAGACAGGAGAAUUAGAUCCAGAGAGGAUAGGGUCUGGUAUACAAUAUGGAACAGGCACUUCCAAGAGAUUGGCUGCACCAAAGAGACCAGCAAGGACACCAUCAGAUUGUGCAUGCCGUGUCUAAAUCUAAAUAGUUUAACCCUUUUCAUGCAGCUUGACUGAUUAGCAUUUUAUUUAAUAAUUUUUAUACUAACCACAAUACUUUUGAAGUUGAGAAUUGUAUUUACCCAUUUGAAAUGAAUGAAUAUAGAAAACAUUCAGUGAUGAAGAUGAAGUUUUCUAUCAUUGAUGUCAAGAUAAGAAUAUGAAUUUAUAAAAUAUCCAAAGGUAUAUAUCGCCAUUGUCUUGAAAUAUAACAAUAGAUUGAAUAUAAAUAAAACACAAAAUUUAAUUAUGUACUGUGUCAUGACUAUCAAGCUAAACUUUAAUUAUUAUUCACUCAUAUAAAUUUCAGAUUCAUAAAAUUCAUUCAUUCAUUUCAUUAAUUUGUGCUACUUGCACUAUGAUGAAAUUAGAAAUAAUAAUUGAAUACUGCGUAAGAACAUAUGAAAAGCAGUUCAAUUGACAAAAUUUUGAUCAAGACCAGCUUAUGUAAGGUAAUUCAUGUUUAUUAAUUAACCAAUAACAUAGUAUAUAAUUGUAUUUAUACACACAUGUAUGUAUUAGCAUGGAGAGGGUUAUGUUAUUUCAUGUAUAAUGUUCUAAUGUGAUGAAAUAUUUCAUAAUGCUUAAUUGAUAGGUGUAGAAAGUGAAUUUAAAAUUCAACAAUUAUUAUUAUCUCUAUCAAUAAGGCUAAAGAAUCUCGAAAUUAUCCCUCCUGUAUAUUGUAUUUAUAAUAAUUAUUUAUUUAAGUGUUUAUUUGAUUAGGUAUAACAUAUUAUUGGUUGCAUUAUUUACUAGAAAAUGUUUAAUCUUUAUUUUGACCAAAAAAAUGUUUAAAGAUAAUUAAUUGGUUAACACUAUUAUUUUUUAAGUAGUCAAUAAGUACAUAUUCACUUUUCUCUGUUAGUGCACAAUUGUAAAUGUGUUAAUUGUGACAAUAAAGUGAAAUAAACAUCA